GUCCUCUCAAAACAAAUUUCAACCGCAGAGCCGUGGCUCGCGUCAAAUUCGGUCGAGUUUUAUGUCGAUUUGGUCCUUAAAAGAAGAUUAAAGAUGCCUGAGAAUUGUUGGAAAAUCGUACGCUACCCGUGGUGACGAUCGUUAAAGGUAGUUUGACUCACAAUACUAGCGAAAAUUUUGCGCUUUUCAAAACAACAAAGGACGAAAGCGAAACUCUCCAAUAAUCCAAUUCACGUAUACAGAAAAGUCAGUAUUAGUUGAAAUUUGAAAAGAUGAAGUUGUUCCUGCUCUUGGUUUCUAUGACCUUGUUUAAAAUUGUUUUCGCCAACGUUGAUGACGACGAUGAAGAUAUGUUUUACAUAAACAAAGAUGGCGACUUGAUAUUGGGCGGUCUGUUUUCCCUUCAUUUCCGUGGGCAUAACGAAAACACGUGUGGGAAGUUCGAGAGCAUGCCGGGAUAUCAUCUCCUUCAAUCAAUGAUAUACGCCAUCGAUAAGAUCAACAAUGACACCAGUAUCCUUCCGAAUAUUACCUUGGGUGCGAAGAUCUACGACAGCUGUUACAGUCAGGUCAUCGGAGCAAAAAUGACAAAGAAACUAAUAACGAUGACCUUAGUUGAAACACCGGAUAGCGGACAGCUGGUUGGAGUCAUCGGUGCGCACUCCAGUGAUCUCACCAAGGUCGUCGCCGACUUCCUUCGGGUGUUCGAAAUCCCUCAGAUAAGCUACGGCGCCACGGCUUCGGCGCUGAGCGACAAGACUAUUUAUAGCUACUUUUUCAGGACCGUCUCCCCUGACUCCAGACAAGGCAUCGCGAUAGCGGAAAUCAUUCAGAAACUCGGCUGGAAUUACGUUAUCACUAUCAACUCUGGCGGACUGUACGGCGACAAGGGGAUCGAAAAUUUUGUCGCCGCCGCAAAAAGGCGGCAUAUUUGCGUUGCGGAAAAACUAAAGCUCUCCUCUUUCCCGACCGAUAAAGAGUACGACGAGUUGGCCCGAAAGCUUGACGCUGUAUCCCGAGCACGCGCUAUCGUGAUGUACACGGCAAUUCGCGACACGCGUUUGAUCCUGAAAGCGCUCCACCGGAAUAACAUCACGAAACGGUUCUAUUGGAUCGGAAGUGACGGAUGGGGAAAUAACUUGAAUGCCGUCGAAAAUUUCGAGCGUUUGGCCGAAGGCGCCAUUACAUUGACUGCUCUAAAUAAACCUGUGGAUGGAUUCGAGGAGUAUUUCAGAAACUUGAAUGUCAACGACGCGAAGAAUAGAAAUAACUCGUGGCUAACAACCAACAGUACUGGGAAUCUUAUUUUCAUUGCAACCUGCAAGGUUCGAAUUCACUUUCAGACUUUGGUAAAUACUGCCAGGGCAACGAAAGUUUGGAGUCCAGUCCAAUCGAGUUUGCCCCAGUCCGACCGGUCGUGAACUCCGUUUACGCGAUGGCGCAUGCGCUGCAUAAUUACGUCAAUGACUACUGCUAUCUUAAUAAUUGCAGGCAACUGAGUAUUGAUCGCCCUACUCUGCUUG